AGUGAUCUCCCGCCAUGUUUUUUUCUGCCAAUAACAAGAAAAAAAGGGGCUCCGGAGUGUGCCUGUAGUUUCAUUUUAUUGUCGGGUUUCUGUCAAACUGGAGACGUUUGCGAUAAGGAAAAAAGUUAUCUCUGAGACAUACGUAACGCCAGGGUCGGACAUUAAAGCUUUUUAGGAUUAGCGGACUAGCUAUUUGAAUUAGUAAAUUCUUUAAUGUUUCCAACAGGUUUAUCUUCCCCUAAUCCCCCGACGGCAGCCCAGGACGUUAGACCCGCCGCUUCUGAUGGUAGUAACGGCAGCAGCAGCAGCAACUCGGCGCCCAAGAAGAGGAGAAUAAACAGCUCGGACAAGGAAGACUUCGACUCGCACCCGUUAUCCCCUCCCAGAAUCAUCACUACUAGUUCCUCGUCCUCCACCACCUCCGCCGGCUCAUCCGCUCCACUCUACUACAGCCAGAAGAAGCUGCGGUUCGAGGACUCGCUGGAUUUCAUCGGCCUGGAUGUGAAGAUGGCCGAGGAGUCGUCCUCUUCCUCGUCGUCCUCCUCCUCGAACAGGGCCAAACUCUUCCUGCCCUCCGGAUACCACGCGAACGGAUUGACCAAAGCGGUCGGCUCGGCUGCCUUCAACAGCGGCAAACCGGGAGCCGCCAAGAAACUAGUUAUCAGGAAUUUUAAAGAAAAGCCUAAGUUGCCAGAGAACUACUCUGAUGAAACUUGGCAAAAGCUGAAGGAGGCAGUUGAGGCUAUUCAGAACAGCACUUCAAUCAAGUAUAAUCUUGAGGAGCUGUAUCAGGCUGUUGAGAAUCUCUGCUCUCAUAAGAUAUCUGCAAAACUUUAUAAACAACUAAGGGUGGUGUGUGAAGACCACAUUAAGGCCCAGAUUCAUCAAUUCAGAGAGGAAGCACUGGACAGCGUGCUUUUCUUGAAGAAAAUAGACAAGUGCUGGCAGGAUCAUUGCAGACAAAUGAUCAUGAUUAGAAGCAUCUUCUUAUUUUUGGAUCGAACAUAUGUUUUACAAAACUCAAUGCUGCCCUCCAUCUGGGACAUGGGUUUGGAGUUGUUCCGGUUCUACAUCAUUAGCGAUCAGAAAGUCCAGAACAAGACCAUUGAUGGCAUCUUGCUGCUAAUUGAGAGGGAGCGCAGUGGUGAGGCCAUUGACCGCAGUCUUCUACGCAGCCUCCUGACCAUGCUGUCUGAUCUGCAGAUCUAUCAGGACUCAUUUGAGCAGAGAUUUUUGGAGGAGACCAACCGACUGUAUGCUGCAGAGGGCCAGAGACUGAUGCAGGAGAGAGAGGUUCCAGAAUAUCUCCAUCAUGUAAACAAACGUUUGGAGGAAGAGGCAGACAGAGUCAUUACAUAUUUAGACCAGAGUACACAAAAACCCCUCAUUGCAACUGUCGAAAAACAACUGCUGGGUGAACACUUGACAGCGACUCUACAGAAAGGCCUUAACCACCUCCUGGAUGAGAACCGAAUCCAGGAUCUGUCCCUCCUAUAUCAGCUCUUUAGUCGAGUACGGGGGGGCGUGCAGGCUCUGCUGCAGCACUGGAUAGAGUACAUCAAGGCCUUUGGCAGCACAAUUGUCAUUAACCCUGAGAAGGAUAAAACUAUGGUGCAAGAGCUGCUGGACUUCAAAGACAAGGUUGACCACAUCAUCGACGUGUGCUUCCUGAAGAAUGAGAAGUUUGUCAAUGCCAUGAAGGAGGCUUUUGAAACCUUCAUCAACAAAAGGCCAAACAAGCCUGCUGAACUCAUUGCCAAAUAUGUUGAUUCAAAGUUGAGGGCAGGGAACAAAGAGGCUACAGAUGAAGAGCUUGAAAAGAUGCUGGAUAAAAUCAUGAUCAUUUUUCGAUUCAUAUACGGAAAAGAUGUUUUUGAGGCCUUUUACAAGAAGGACCUUGCUAAGAGGCUGUUGGUUGGAAAAAGUGCUUCUGUAGAUGCCGAGAAGUCCAUGUUAUCUAAACUGAAGCAUGAGUGUGGUGCAGCCUUCACCAGUAAGCUAGAAGGAAUGUUCAAGGACAUGGAGCUCUCCAAGGACAUCAUGGUGCAGUUCAAACAGUAUAUGCAGUGUCAGAACAUCCCUGGCAACAUUGAGCUGACUGUGAACAUUCUCACCAUGGGGUACUGGCCAACCUAUGUGCCUAUGGAAGUGCAUUUACCCCCAGAGAUGGUAAAACUGCAAGAGAUAUUUAAAACGUUUUAUCUUGGCAAACACAGUGGACGAAAGCUUCAGUGGCAGUCAACGCUUGGACAUUGUGUCUUGAAAGCUGAAUUUAAGGAGGGGAAAAAAGAGCUUCAAGUGUCACUGUUUCAGACACUAGUGCUUCUCAUGUUUAAUGAAGGAGAGGAAUUUAGCUUGGAGGAGAUCAAGCAGGCAACAGGGAUAGAGGACAGCGAGCUGCGACGGACACUGCAGUCCUUGGCUUGUGGGAAGGCGCGGGUCCUCUCUAAAAUCCCAAAGAGUAAGGAUGUAGAAGAUGGCGACAAGUUCACCUGCAAUGAUGAUUUCAAGCACAAACUCUUCAGGAUAAAGAUCAACCAAAUCCAGAUGAAGGAAACGGUUGAGGAGCAAGCCAGCACCACAGAAAGAGUCUUCCAAGAUCGGCAAUACCAGAUAGACGCAGCCAUUGUUAGGAUCAUGAAAAUGAGGAAGACCCUGAGCCACAAUUUACUCAUGUCGGAAGUGUACAACCAGUUGAAGUUUCCCGUCAAGCCUGCAGACUUGAAGAAAAGAAUAGAAUCACUCAUCGACAGGGACUAUAUGGAGCGUGACAAGGAGAAUCCAAAUCAGUACAACUAUGUGGCAUAGAGGGCAAAAGAAAGGAAGUCCAUUGUGACAGACACUCCCAGCACUUGGUCUCCUUCCCCAAGCUUGAGCGGAUGUUAUGACCUUGUUCAGCCCAAUCGCCGACCAGUAAAUGGACACGCUCCCACACCGAGUAAAACCGGGUCAGUGGAAUAUAUUCCGGUGGACUGCAUGCCCAUUAGACAGUAUUGUCCAUGAAGAGAAUACCUGUCGGUGACCAGUAACGGCUGUCACGAAUGACAACAGUAGUCAGUCAAACCACGGUCUUUUAAAGAAAAGAAAAGAAAUAUUUAUUUUGGAACUUGGAUACUCGUCUGCUGGUUGAUGGCAUUCUGCUUUUUUUUUUUUUUUUUUUUUUUUUAGAGAGACCUUUUUCAUUUUAAGUCAUUUUCUCGCUAAAUAGAUGUGGAGAAACACUUGCCACAAAGAGGGAAAAUGUUUGGAAAAAAUUGAAGCAGGUCUGUUCAUUAAUACCUAACCCCAAAGUUUACUACUUUCUAUUGGUUUUCUUGGGGAUAAAAUAAUUUUAUGCUGGAAAACCUCUUCAC